AUGGCAACAAAGACCAAGGGUCGCCAAAAGAUUGUUAUGGCAAAAAUGAGCAAGGAAAGUAAUCUCAGGGUUACAUUCUCCAAGAGGCGUUGUGGGUUAUUCCAGAAAGCGAGUGAGCUUAGCACCCUAUGUGGUGUAGAGAUUGCAAUCAUCAUCUUCUCUCCUGGGAAAAAAGUUUUCUCAUUUGGAUAUCCGAAUGUUGAACAAAUCCUUGAAAAGUUCCUCAAUGCUCAGGACCCGAGUACAAUGAAUUCAACCACCCUUCAACUUGUACAGACUCUUCGCAGUGCAAGGGUUCGUCUACUCAACAAGGAACUCUCUGAGUUGCUUAUAUAUUCGGAAGAGCAGAAGAAACAAGGGUAG